CAGAACAGUCUGGGAACGGCUCCAUCCCCACCCGGCAGAUAUAAAUAGGCCUCCCAGGCAGCCAGGGAAGAGGCUGCUGUGUCUCCGGACUAAAGCAGAAGGGUACGCAGAAGCGAGCGCCCCGACUAGAGAUGACGCCUGCCGGCGUGCGUCUGCUGGCCGCCGUCUUUUGCCUGCUGAGCUGGGCUGGCCUGGCUGCCGGGGACCGGGUGUACAUACACCCCUUCCACCUCCUCGUCUACAGCAAGAGCAGCUGCGACCAGCUGGAGAAAUCCCAUGCAGAGACACCCAGCCACCCGGCCUUCGCCCCGGUCCCGAUUCAGGCCAAGACAUCCCCUGUGAAUGAAGAGGCGCUGCGAGAGCAGCUGGUGCUGGCCACCAAGAAGCUGGAGGCAGAAGACAAGAUGAGGGCCGCGGAGGUGGGGAUGCUGCUCAACUUCAUGGGCUUCCGCAUGUACAAGCUGCUGGGCGAGGCCUGGGGCGGGGCUGCGGGGGCCGUGUUCUCCCCCACUGCUCUCUUUGGGACCCUGGCCUCUUUCUACCUGGGCGCCUCGGACCCCACGGCCAGCAGACUGCAGGUGUUCCUGGGUGUCCCUGGGGAGAACAAGGGCUGCACUUCCAGGCUGGAUGGGCACAAGGUCCUCUCGGCGCUGCAGACCAUCCAGGGCCUUCUGGUCACCCAGGGCGGGGCUCACGGCCAGGCCAGACUGCUCCUGUCGACCGUGGUGGGACUGUUCACGGCGCCGGGGCUGCGCCUGAAGCAGCCAUUUGUGCUGGGCCUGGCUCCCUUUGCCCCGGUCACUCUCCCACGCUCCCUGGACUUGUCCACGGACCCGGAUCUGGCUGCCGAGAAGAUCAACAGGUUCAUGCAGGCAGUGACAGGGUGGAAAAUGAACAGACCCCUGACCGGAGUCAGUCCAGACAGCACCCUGCUCUUCAACACCUAUGUCCACUUCCAAGGAAAGAUGAAGGGGUUUUCCCGGCUGCCUGGGCCCCAGGACUUCUGGGUGGAUAACAGCACCUCAGUGGCGGUCCCCAUGCUGUCGGGCACGGGCACCUUCCGCCACUGGAAUGAUGCACAGAACAACCUGUCCAUGACCCGCGUGCCGCUCAGCGAGAACGCCUGCCUGCUGCUCAUCCAGCCCCACUGCCCCUCCGACCUGCGCAGGGUGGAGGCCCUCGCCUUCCAGCACGACUUCCUGAUGUGGAUGAAGAACCUGUCUCCCCGGGUCAUCCGCCUGACCAUCCCCCAGCUGGUGCUACGAGGCUCCUAUGACCUGCAGGACUUACUCACCCAGUCCAAGCUGCCCACCCUGCUGGGUGCCGAGGCGAACCUGGGCAAGAUCAGUGACGCCAGCGUCAGAGUGGGAAAGGUGCUGAACAGCGUCCUUUUUGAACUAGAAGCAGACGAUGGAGAGCAGCCCACGGAGUCUGCCCAGCCACCACUCAGGCCCGAAGCACUGGAGGUGACCAUGAACACCCCGUUCCUGUUUGCCCUUUACGAGCGAGACUCGGCUGCUCUCCACUUCCUGGGCCGCGUGACCAACCCCCUGGGCACCGCGUGAGGCAGCCCUGGGAGGCCCAGCCGCUGUCUCCCACCCCUCCCUCCAGGCAGCUGAGAGCCGGGAAGAAGCCUUCUGGAAGCAGGCGCUGCGUGAGAGCAGCGGAAACUGCCUCGGGUCUAGCUUGGGGAGCAGGGGUGGGUGCCUGCGAGCAGGUUUAGCAUAGACUACUAUUCUGGGAAGAGUUCCAACAGACCAACCUGUUUGUGAAGCCAACACGGCUUCCUUUUAAAUUGGGAGCAGACAUUAGGCUUAAAAAUUAAAAUAUACAUUUGCCUUAGGUUUUUAUUUAGUUUAUUGAACCUGAGCGUGACUCACCUCAGUUGUCUUUUGGCUUCUUGGUUUUUCUCCUCUACCACCAGUUUCGAUAUGUGCGCUCUUUUGAAAAACACAUAUGAAAAAUAGAGCCAUCUGAAUUUGUUAGAAUGUAACAGCGUGGCUGCUUAACCUUUGUGUUAUUAAUAAAUGCUUUGUAACUGUGA